UUGAAGAAUUGAUUCAUAGCAGCCAUGGUGUUCUUAUUUCCAAAGCUUCAGCCCAUUAAGCUCAUAUCAUUAUGGUUCCUUCUACUUGUAAUGGCAACUUCUCUCCAUGCAACACUGUCUUCCUCACUCUCACUUCAAUACACAGAAGCCAACGCUUUGUUGAAGUGGAAAGCAAGCUUUCACAACUCAACUCAUACAUUGCUAUCUUCAUGGCAUGGCAAUACUUCUUGCAAUUGGCUUGGACUUGCUUGUGACCACUCAGGAUCAGUCUCCAACAUAAAUCUCACAAACAUUGGAUUAAGUGGUACGCUUCAAACUCUAAACUUUUCAUCACUUCCAAACAUUCUCACUCUUGAUAUCAGUUUGAACUCCUUCACUGGAAGCAUUCCUCCUCAAAUUGGAGUGUUGUCCAAACUCACUCAUCUUGAUUUAAGUCACAAUCAUCUCACCGGUACUAUCCCAAAUUCUCUCGGAAAGCUAUCAGUCUUGUCACAUAUUAGCUUGUGGAAUUGCAGUCUUACAGGGUCUAUUCCAAAAUCUAUAGGAAAUAUGGCAAGUCUUGUAUAUCUAGAUUUUACGCAGAACAACCUUUAUGGACAUAUUCCUCACGAAAUUGGAAAUUUGUCAAACUUAGAGAAUUUGUGGUUAGCAAUUAAUAACUUAGACGGUUCCAUUCCUCAAGAAAUAGGUAAGCUGCAGAACCUAAAGGAUUUAUAUAUAUAUAACAACAAUUUAUCUGGAAACAUUCCCGUGGAAAUGGGGAAGUUGGUCAACUUGACCUGGUUAUGGCUUUUUAACAAUAAUCUUUCGGGUUCUAUUCCUCGAGAAAUUGGAAUGAUGACAAAUUUGCUUCAAGUUGAUUUGUCCAGUAACUCUUUGUCAGGUACAAUCCCCCCUACAAUUGGAAAUCUGAGCAAAUUAAGGAAUUUAUACAUAUAUACCAACCAUCUCUCUGGUUCCAUUCCUAAUGAAGUGGGGAAACUCUAUUCUCUUAUGACAAUCCAAUUGUUAGAAAAUAAUCUCUCUGGACCAAUCCCAUCUUCCAUCGGUAACUUGGUGAACUUGGAUUCUAUUCGUCUUAAUGGAAACAAACUCUCCGGAACAAUUCCUUCCACUAUUGGUAACUUGACAAAACUUACCACACUUGCUUUAUUCUCAAAUAAGCUUAGUGGACACAUCCCAAUAGAAAUGAAUAUGCUUAACAACCUGGAAAAAUUGCAUUUAUAUGACAAUAAUUUCAUUGGUCAAUUGCCUCACAAUGUUUGCACUAGCGGAAAGUUGAUAAACUUUACUGCUGGUAGAAACUAUUUCACAGGUCCAGUAUCCAAGAGUUUGAAGAAUUGCACUAGCCUCAUAAGAGUGAGGCUUGAACAAAACCAAUUGACAGGAAAUGUGACGGAGGAUUUUGGUGUGUAUCCAAACUUGGAUUACAUAGAUCUGAGUGAUAAUAACUUUUAUGGCCAUCUUUCUCCAAAAUGGGGGAAAUGCCAUAAUCUCACAAGCCUCAAAAUCUCCAACAAUAAUUUAUCAGGAAGCAUUCCACCAGAACUAAUUCAGGCAACCAAUUUACAUGUACUUGAACUGUCUUCAAAUCACCUCGUAGGAGACAUUCCCGAAGAUUUAGGUAAUUUGACCUACUUGUUCAAACUCUCUCUCAAUAAUAAUAAUCUUUCAGGGAAUGUUCCUAUACAGAUAGCAUCAAUGCUAGAUCUUGACACUUUAGAGCUCGGAGCAAAUGGUUUUUCUGGCAUAAUUCCAACUCAACUCGGUAAUUUGGCCAAGUUAUUACACUUGAAUUUGAGCCGAAAUAAAUUUACGGAAAAUAUUCCAUCCGAGUUUGGUAAAUUAAAAUAUGUUCAAAGUCUCGAUCUUAGCAUGAACAUUUUGAGUGGAAAAAUACCACCCGUGCUUGGACAGUUGAAAAGCUUAGAAACAUUAAAUCUCUCACACAAUCAUCUUUCAGGCGAUCUCUCCGGCCUUGACGAGAUGAGAAGUUUGAUAUCUAUUGAUAUAUCAUACAACCAAUUACAGGGUCCACUUCCCAACAUUCCAGCCUUCAAAAUGGCUACAAUUGAAGCAUUGAGAAAUAAUAAAGGCUUGUGUGGUAAUGUCUCAGGCUUAGAACCAUGUCCAACAUCACCUGACAAUUAUGAAAAUCAUCAUAAGGCUAGCAGAUUCAUAUUGGUAUUUUUACCCAUUGGUUUGGGCACUUCCAUGCUAGCGUUAUUUGUCUUUGGAGUGUCUUAUCAUUAUUAUCGAAGCUCAAAGAAGAAAGCACAUGAAGAUGAAGAAUCACCAGGUCAAAAUCUCUUUUCGAUAUGGAGUUUUGAUGGAAAGAUGGUGUAUGAUAACAUAAUUGAAGCCACAGAAGAUUUUGACAAUAAACAUCUCAUUGGAGUUGGAGGACAAGCGAGUGUUUACAAAGCUGAAUUGCAAACAGGUCAAGUUGUUGCAGUUAAGAAAUUCCAUUCAGUAGAAAAUGGAGAAAUGUCUAACGUUAAAGCUUUCGCAAGUGAAAUUCAAGCUUUGACAGAGAUUCGACAUCGUAACAUUGUGAAGUUAUACGGGUAUUGUUCUCAUUCCCGAUUCUCGUUUUUGGUGUAUGAGUUGAUGGAAAAGGGAAGCAUUGAUAAGAUUUUAAAAGACGAUGAAGAGGCAAUUGCAUUUAAUUGGAAAAGGAGGGUUGAUGCCAUUAAAGGUGUGGCAAAUGCUUUAUGCUAUAUGCAUAAUGAUUGUUCACCUCCAAUUGUUCAUCGAGAUAUAUCAAGCAAGAAUGUUCUUUUGAAUUUGGAGUAUGUGGCUCAUGUCUCAGAUUUUGGAACAGCCAAGCUUCUUAAUACUAAUUCAACAAAUUGGAGUUCAUUCGUGGGAACUUUUGGAUAUGCUGCUCCAGAACUUGCAUACACAAUGGAAAUAAAUGAAAAAUGCGAUGUGUAUAGCUUUGGGGUAUUAGCACUGGAAAUAGUUUUGGGAGAGCAUCCUGGAGAUCGUAUAAGUUCAUUGUUGACAUCUUCAUCGAAUGUGAUGGAGUCAACACUUGAUAUUACUUCAUUGAUGGAUAAGUUAGAUGAGCGUCUCCAACAUCCUGCAAAACCUAUGGCUAAGGAGAUAGAAUCAAUUCUAAGGAUGGCAAAUGCUUGCUUGACUGAAAAUCCUCGUUCUCGCCCUACCAUGGACCAAGUUGCCAGCUACUUUUCAAAGUACAAGUCAUGUUCAUUCAAUUGAUUCCACAUCGUCAUGAAGAAAGUUCAAAUGUUGAAUUUAUGGAAUAUGCAUUACAUUGUAAUUUUAUUUCUUGUCUUGAUGUUCCGUGACUAUUCUUGUCUUUUGUAUUUGAGUUUGGUUUGGUCUUGUGUUGUUUAAUUGGUAUAUUCAGUUCAGUGUUGUGGGUUUGUUUUAAAAAUAUUGUUCCCUAUUUAUAUAUAUAUAUAUAGUCUUGGUGUGCCAAAG